AGUCCAGUUAAUGGACGGUGAUUCCAGGAUGAGAAGUGAAAGGGAAGGGGCUGGGCGCAGCCGGGAAGUCUCUCCCUGGUUUCCACAGACAGAUCCUUGGCUAGGACUGGGGCAGUCAGUGUGACAAAGAGGCCUGGUGUAGAAGAGGGCUCAGGACAAAGUCUCAGGUCCCGGGCGUGGCUCUCAGGGUCUCAGGCACCAAAAGCCGUGUCUGCAUUGGGGACGCGCAGCGUUGGGGAUUCCUCACUCCCCUGAGUUUCACUUCUCCCAACCUGUGUCGGGUGUUUCUGGAUACUUAAGACGCGGACCCAGUUCCCACUUCCACUGGGCGUGGGGUUUCUAGAGAAGCCAAUCAGCAUCGCCGCGGUCCCCCUUCUAAAGUCCCUACUCACUCACCUGGACUCAGAUUCUUCCCAGACGCCGAAGAUGGCGGUCGUGACGCCCCGAACCCUCCUCCUGCUGCUCUCCGGGGCCCUUGCCCUGACCGAGACCUGGGCGGGCUCCCACUCCUUGAGGUAUUUUGACACCGCCGUGUCCCGGCCGGGCCGCGGGGAGCCCCGCUUCAUCGCCGUGGGCUACGUGGACGACACGCAGUUCGUGCGGUUCGACAGCGACGCCGCGAGUGGGAGAGGGGAGCCGCGGGCGCCGUGGAUGGAGCAGGAGGGGUCGGAGUAUUGGGAGGAGCGGACUAUGAGCUACAAGGCGCAGGCACAGAGUUCCCGACUGUGCCUGAAGCUCCUGCCCGGCCACUACAACCAGAGCGAGGCCAGGUCUCACACCUACCAGAGAAUGUAUGGCUGCGAAGUGGGGCCAGAUGGGCGCUUCCUGCGAGGGUUUUACCAGUCAGCCUACGACGGCAAGGAUUACCUCGCCCUGAACGAGGACCUGAGCUCCUUAAUCGCCGCGGAUACGGAGGCUCAGAUCACCCAGCGCAAGUGGGAGGCGGCCAAUCUGGCGGAGGGGUGGAGAGCCUACCUGGAGGGCAAGUGCGUGGAGUUGCUCCGCAGAUACCUGGAGAACGGGAAGGAGACGCUGCAGCGCGCGGAUCCCCCAAAGACACGUGUGACCCAUCACCCCAUCUCUGAUCAUGAGGCCACCCUGAGGUGCUGGGCCCUGGGCUUCUACCCUGCGGAGAUCACACUGACCUGGCAGCAGGAUGGGGAGGACCAAACUCAGGACACUGAGCUUGUGGAGACCAGGCCAUCAGGGGAUGGAACCUUCCAGAAGUGGGCAGCUGUGGUGGUGCCUUCUGGAGAGGAGCAGAGAUACACGUGCCAUGUGCAGCACAAGGGACUGCCAGAGCCCCUCACCCUCAGAUGGGAGCCGUCUUCCCAGCCCACCAUCCCCAUCGUGGGCAUCGUUGCUGGCCUCAUUCUCCUUGGAGCUGUGGUCACUGGAGCUGUGGUCGCUGCUGUGAUGUGGAGGAGGAAGAGCUCAGGUGGAAAAGGAGGGAGCUACUCUCAGGCUGCAUGCAGCGAAAGUGCCCGGGGCUCUGAUGUGUCUCUCACAGCUUGUAAAGCGUGAGACAGCUGCCUUGUGUGGGACUGAGAUGCAGGAUUUCUUCACGACUCCCCUUUGUGACUUCAAGAGCCUCUGGCAUCUCUUUCUGCAAAGGCAUCUGAAUGUGUCUGUGUCCCUGUUAGCAUAGUGUGAGGAGGUGGAGAGACAGCCCACCCCUGUGUCCACCCUGACCCCUGUCCCCAUGCUGAUCUGUGUUCCCUCCCCAGUCAUCUUUCCUGUUCCAGAGAGGUGGGGCUGGGUGUCUCCAUGUAUGUCUCAACUUCAUGCUGCACUGAGCUGCAACCACUUACUUCCCUACGGAAAAUAAGAAUCUGAAUAUAAAUGUGUUUUCUCAAAUAUUUUCCAUGAGAGGUUGAUGGGUUAAUUUAAUAAGUCAAUUCCUAAAAUUUGACAGAGGAAAUAAAGACCCGAGAACCUUCCAGAA